UAUUGAAUUUCGGGCCGACAGCAUUCCCCGGGGCGCACUGAGCAUGACAGAGAGCACAAGUGAAGACAGUGAGUGACCUACAAACAAGCUUUACUAUCUUAACUUCACCCACGCUGCAGAUUAACACCCCAGCAGCCCCUGAAGGAGCCAUGCUGCACCCCCUGCCACCUCUCCCAAACGUGACACAUGGAAGAGGAGGAGGGGUUGUCUGGACAUCAUAAUGCAGGAAUUGAUCCACAAACUGUCUCAGAAGGAGGGAAGGUUUAGCCCAAAAGGCACCCUGAGGUGGAGGUACAGUAGGAGAAUCAGGGUCACUCUCUGGAGGCGUUAUUAGUUUGAAUCAGCGGCAGACGGGUGAGAGGAGGUUUCUACUGGCUGAACUGGACAUGGUGAUAAACUGAGUGAAGAGACACAAAAAAGUAAGACAAGAAACACAAGGAGGAAAGAAACAAAGACUAAGCGAUGGAUAACCAAGACAAGGGAGGAGGUACAGGAGGAGGAGGAGGAGGAGGGCAGACAAACGAGAAACAAAAAGCUGAGGUCGGUGAUGAGGAAAAGUGGACCAAAGAUAAACACAACAAGCUGGAGAAGGAGAGCAGUGAGAAGGAGCCGAGCGGAAAGGCCAUGAAGGAGAAGCGUCGCUGUCACUGGAGAAGCGACUGGGCUCUGAACGAACGUCUGGCCAUCAACGUGUCAGGGAUGCGUUACGAGACCCAGCUCCGCACUCUGGCCCAGUUCCCCGACUCCAUGCUGGGUGACCCCAGGCGUCGCCUUCGCUACUACGACCCCCUGCGGAACGAACUCUUCCUGGACAGGAGCCGCGUCUGCUUCGAUGCCAUCCUGUACUUCUACCAGUCCGGCGGGAGGCUGCGGAGGCCCGCCAACGUCCCUCUGGACAUGUUCCUGGAGGAGCUGCGCUUCUACGAGCUCGGGGAGGAGAUCAUCGACCGCUACAAAGCGGACGAAGGCUUCCCCAAGGAGGAGGAGAGGCCCUUACCCGCCAAUGACUUGCAGCGCCGCCUCUGGAUGCUGUUUGAGUAUCCGGAGUCCUCCGGCGGAGCUCGGAUCAUCGCCAUCAUCAGCGUCAUGGUCAUCGUGGUCUCCAUUCUCAUCUUCUGCCUGGAGACUAUGCCUGAGUUCAGGAAUGAGAAGGAACAGCGGGAGAAGUUCACCACCAUACCGCACCCCACCAUAGCGAAUGAAACCAUCUUGAUCCCACCUGGCUUCACUCCCUUCCAGGACCCCUUCUUCAUCGUAGAGACCAUCUGCAUCAUCUGGUUCUCCUUUGAGCUCAUUGUUCGCUUCACCUGUGCUCCGAGCAAGGUGCACUUCUUCAAAGACGUCAUGAACACCAUCGACUUCUUCGCCAUCAUUCCCUAUUUCGUCACCCUGGGCACGGAGCUGACCAAGGACAAGGACGCGCAGGCCUCCGUGUCCCUGGCCCUGAUCAGGGUCAUCAGGCUGGUGAGGGUCUUCAGGAUCUUCAAGCUCUCUCGUCACUCCAAGGGCCUCCAGAUCCUGGGCCAGACACUGAAGGCCAGCCUCAGAGAGCUCGCCCUGCUCAUCUUCUUUCUCUUCAUCGGAGUCAUUAUCUUUUCUAGUGCCGCCUACUUUGCAGAGGUGGAUAGUCCUAACACGGCGUUCACCAGCAUCCCUGAGGCGUUCUGGUGGGCUGUCGUGUCCAUGACGACAGUCGGCUACGGGGACAUGUACCCGGUGACGGUCGGAGGGAAGCUGGUGGGCUCCAUGUGCGCCAUCGCCGGUGUGCUCACAAUCUCUUUGCCAGUUCCCGUCAUCGUGUCCAACUUCAGCUAUUUCUACCACCGCGAGAUGGAGUGCGAGGACACAACCCAGUACAACCAUGUCUCCACAUCGGUCUGGGAAGGAGAGGAUGAUGAAGACGGGGGAAAUGAGGAAGGCAUGGACGAGGGGCAUGAACACAUGGGGGAUUGUGUACCCUUGUACGGGCAAGACAGCAGGGGUAUCUGCCCUCCGCUUAACGGGACGCUCCUGGCAGGGCUUUGUGACGGACAGGAAGCUGGUUAUCAGAGAGGGAUAAACUUCUACCUCAAAGAACCUCUGGUCACUCAGGUUUGACAGACAUGAUGGACAGGCCUGUCCCACUGUCUCACAUCAAGGAAAAGAGAGGGCCAAGAUGGAAAGAUGCUGGCAGAGUAAAAGACUUGCACUGAUAUAAGCUCUAAUGUGUUACAUUUGAGGCUUUUGCAUGAUUAUAUUUGACUGAUAAGGAUCUUUUUUUUUCCUCAAUAAAUAAAUAAAAUCUAACCUUUAAAAAACCCUGCAGGUCUUUUGAUAAAACUUACUGCUGUAGUAAAGACAUAUCCAGACACCUCAAAGAAUCCUCUAUCCAGCUCAAAUAAAAGAAUAACCUACCUGCCGUACAAUAAAGUAGAUCAUUGGA